ACGAAUAUCAAAAUGAAACAAUGGUGGCCUAUCCAGGGCCAUUGUUGCGAGUAUGUGAUCCGAAGACUUCGUUGUGAGAUUCCAACAAUGUAAUCGGCUCUCAACUUUGCAGCUGUGUUUUCUAACAGUGACGUGACACUUGGUAUAAAGAUCAUUCCGAUUUGCCACUAGAAACAAAAGACUGGUUUGUUAUUAAUGUAUUUGCAGUGAGCUUAAAGCCGCUGAAUAACAGAAUUAUAGAUGGGGAAGGCGGCAAAGGAACUGGGACAGCGGUCUCUGGGCCGAGAUUUUAAUCCGGGGCCUCCAAAAUAGCUACUCAGCAGGGGUGCCAACCUUGACCACGGACGAUCACAGUCAGAUCAAAGAGACAUCAGCGCCAUUCCGAACACGACGGAUUGGGCCUCAGUUUCGGAAAACAAACGAGCCUCGGUGCGCACGCGGACUGUUUCAAAUACAUUGUGCUAUUGUGAGUGAAUUUUGGGUGAGAGCUGCGUGGAAGAUUUGAAGUUGACCGACGUUUCGGCAGACGUUUCAGUUGCCGUCUUAAAAGUGGGAAUAAUAAUAUCAUCUGCAUGUUUUGUGAAAGAGUACAGCAUAGACGUUCAUUCUACAAUGUGUCAUGUCUGGGGAAGAACAAGGAGAGAUGAGGUCUCUCCCGAUUGAUUCUGAUGGAGCUGGUCCUUCCACACGGGAACGGAAGGAAAUAUGAGCCAGAGGAUGAGCUAUGCCCAGGACUUACAUACAAACUAGUGAGGACUGAAUUCAAAGUUUCCGUUGAGGUUGGUGAUAAGCAAGUUUACAGAAUUGACUGAAGGACCUGCCUGUGCAUUCUCAAACGAAGGUUUUGGCAGGUGUUGUCAUGACUACAGACCAUCAGAUGGAAGAUGCAAAAGUCAUAUCAGUGGCCACAGGCACCAGAUGCAUCAGCGGAGAAUACGUGAGUUUGGUUGGAGUUUCGCUGAAUGACACUCAUGCUGAGGUUAUUGCCCGUCGUUGCCUUUGCGAUUUCUUCUACGCUCAGCUGGAGAUGCACGACGACUCAGAAGAUUCAAUUUUUGUACCUCGACCUACUGGUAACGGUUAUCAGUUAAAGGAUAACGUAAAAUUUCAUUUAUACAUAAGCACUGCGCCCUGUGGAGAUGCUGGGAUCUCUUCUCCUCAUGAGGCUGUAUCUCAAGAUAAGCAUCCAAACAGAAAAGCACGAGGACAAUUAAUGACAAAAUUAGAGCCUGGUGAGAAAACUGUCCCAGUGAAGUCAAGAAGUGCCCAUUUUCAAACUUGGGAUGGAAUUGCACUGGGCGAGAGUUUGCUGACAAUGUCAUGUUCUGACAAAAUUGCUAGGUGGAAUGUUGUCGGAGUGCAAGGAUCGUUACUGUCACAUUUUGUUGAACCUAUUUACCUAGAGAGUAUUACGCUUGGAAGUUUACGAGCUCUGCAUAGGCAGGUUGUGCAGAAACCGGGGCAGUCAGCCCUGCCCCGCCCUGCCUUGCCUUGCCCUGCCCUGCACUGAUCUG